UUCCGCUUCCACCUUCUCCCUCCUCCCGCUUGCCCUCCGAUCGCAGUCGCCACCACAGCGGCCGCUGUCGGGCGCGGUGUCGGUGUGUCGGUUGGCUAGUCUCUCAACGUUGGUGUCUGUGCCGUUGAAUUGCCCGCCAUGGCUGAGCUAGAUCCGUUUGGCGCCCCUGCCGGCGCCCCCGGCGGCCCCGCGCUGGGGAACGGGGUGGCCGGCUCUGGCGAGGAAGACCCGGCCGCGGCCUUCUUGGCGCAGCAGGAGAGCGAGAUUGCGGGCAUAGAGAACGACGAGGCCUUCGCCAUCCUGGACGGCGGUGCCCCCGGGCCUCAGCCGCACGGCGAGCCGCCGGGGGGUCCGGAUGCUGUUGAUGGAGUGAUGAAUGGCGAAUACUACCAGGAGACUAAUGGUCCCACAGACAGUUAUGCAGCUAUUUCACAAGUGGAUCGAUUGCAGUCAGAACCUGAAAGUAUCCGUAAGUGGAGAGAAGAGCAAAUGGAACGCUUGGAAGCCCUUGAUGCCAAUUCUCGGAAGCAAGAAGCAGAGUGGAAAGAAAAAGCAAUAAAGGAGCUAGAAGAGUGGUAUGCGAGACAGGAUGAGCAGCUACAGAAAACAAAAGCAAACAACAGGGCAGCAGAAGAAGCCUUUGUAAAUGACAUUGAUGAGUCGUCCCCAGGCACUGAGUGGGAGCGGGUGGCCCGGCUGUGUGACUUUAAUCCCAAGUCCAGCAAGCAGGCCAAAGAUGUUUCCCGCAUGCGCUCAGUCCUCAUCUCCCUCAAGCAGGCCCCCCUGGUGCACUGAAGAGCCACCUGUGGAAACACUACAUCUGCAAUAUCUUAAUCCUACUCAGUGAAGCUGUUCACAGUAAUUGGAUUAAUUAUGUUGAGUUCUUUUGGACCAAACCUUUUGUCUUUAGAGUUGAUCAUUGUUUGUGAUUGCAUGUUUCCUUCAACUGUGUUCUCCCUGGCAUUCAGAGAGGAGGGGGGAGGAGGAAGAGGAAGGGAGGGAAACUCCCAACAGUAGCCUCAACCUGUGCUUUUGUGCAUUAUUCUGAGAAUAAAUUUCUGUUUCAAACAAUAUA